GAACUGGAUGAAAGAUUGGUUUCGAUACGUCCAUUGGUACUGGAGUGUCGCGAAUUCACCGGAUGUUUCCUUAAGUGAUUUCUUUUCUACAUCAGUCUAUGAGAAAGAAUGGAGGAUCAGACGUGAAUCAAGUGAGCUCAUUGGCUUUGGUCUUCUCUGGAAGAUCUAUGAUUUGAUAGCAAAGAAGGGCGUAAGCUUGGAGCCUGCCAUGUCUUCAAGAACACCUCUCUGGAUUUCGAGGUAG